AUGGGUUCGGGUAUGAACUUGAUCACUACUGUUAUUGGUUUUGGUAUGAGUGCAACAUUUAUAGUAUUUGUCUGCACAAGAAUCAUUUGUGGCAGGCUAAGAGGUGGCGAAUCACGGCCUAUGUUCGAGAUUGAAUCAAGGAUUGAUGUUGAGCAGCCAGAGCAUCAGGCCAGUGGCCUUGAACAAGUUGUGGUUUCUGCAAUCCCUACCAUGAAGUUUGAUCACAAAGCUUUCAGUUCCUUGGAAGAUGCGCAGUGCCAAUAUGCUUGGGGGAGUACCAGAGCGAAAGAAGUAGCGAAUCAUGCCCAAAUGUGGCCCACAGUUUUCAUCUCUCCUGACAUUGUACAUGGCUGA